AUGGCAAGUCUCGCAGAACAUACUAAAUCAAAAAGACACGUUGUAUACUAUUAUGAUGAGGAUGUUGGAAACUUUACAUAUGGACCAGGUCAUCCGAUGAAACCUCAUAGAAUGCGAAUGACCCAUGACUUAGUCAUAAACUAUAACUUAUUUCGUAAAAUGGAAAUACUUACUCCUAAACGUGCGUCACCAAGACAAAUGACGCGGUUUCAUACUGAUGAAUAUAUUGAUUUCUUGUAUAGAGUUACACCAUUGAAUGUUGAAGAAUUAUCUCAACAACAGACGCGAUUUAAUGUGGGGGAAGAUUGUCCAAUAUUUGAUGGGUUAUUUGAAUUUUGUUCGAUCUCAGCUGGUGGAUCAAUUGAUGCAGCAAAUAAAUUGACUAGUGGCGACGCAGACAUUGCAAUCAAUUGGUCAGGAGGUCUUCACCAUGCAAAAAGGUUUGAAGCGUCUGGUUUUUGUUAUGUCAAUGAUAUUGUGUUGGCUAUUCUAGAAUUACUAAGAUAUUAUCAACGCGUCCUUUAUGUUGAUAUAGAUAUACAUCAUGGUGAUGGUGUCGAGGAGGCAUUUUAUACAACUGAUAGAGUUUUAACAUGUUCAUUUCAUAAAUUUGGACAAUUUUUUCCAGGGACUGGUGAUGUUUCUGAUAUAGGAAUAGGCAGGGGCAAAAAUUAUGCAGUGAAUUUUCCAUUAAAAGAUGGAAUGGAUGAUAUGAGUUAUAAUAGCGUUUUUUGUCCGGUAGUUGAACAUAUCAUUAAUUGGUAUCGUCCAGGAGUUAUUGUUUUGCAAUGUGGAGCAGAUUCACUUGCAGGAGAUAGAUUAGGAUGUUUUAACCUUUCAAUGAAAGGUCAUGCAGAAUGUGUAAAAUUUGUUAAAGGGUUUAAUUUACCUUUGUUGGUUGUUGGAGGAGGUGGAUACACUAUUCGUAAUGUUGCACGCGCAUGGACUUAUGAGACAGGUGUAUUAAUAGGAGAAAAUUUACCUGAAGAGCUACCUCAUAAUAAUUUUUUUGAGUAUUAUGGACCAGAAUAUAAAUUGGAUGUUCCAGCCAAUAACAUGGAAAAUAUGAACACAAAGUCAUAUCUUGAAAACAUGAAAAUAAAAGUAUUUGAAAAUUUACGAAAUUUAAAUUUUGCUCCGAGUGUUCCACUACAAUAUGUUCCACCUAGUAUUUAUGAUACGGAUUAUGAAGAGGAGGAGGAAGAUCCAGAUAUAAGAAUGUCACAAAAUGAAUAUUCAGAUUCAGAUGACGAGAUUGGAAGAAGAAAUGAAAGAUGUUAUCAUCCUAACGGAAAUAAUCCUUUAAUGUGGAAUUAUUUAAAUAGAUAUUAA